AGGACCCAAUCGACACUCAAAUACAUCCCGUACAUUUAGUACAAUUUUUCUACGCAGCCUUUGUACGACUACACUAAAUUUUGAAAUUGAGGACGACGCGCCAGCACAGGCAGUCGUUUUCAGAUUUGAGUAUUUAGUCUACCGCAAGAACUUCUUACUUUCGAAGGUAGAGGUACUGGUUUUUCGUGAUCGUGUUUCCUUGUCUUCUUCGAUGAAAACCUUUAUCUCGUUCAUGCAGAAUUUAGAAUCCAUCCCCGCUGAUAGUGAUCCAAGUAGCGGGCAAACUUGUAUGAGUCGCCAUGGUUGAACAAACUCAGCGUCGUUCUUCCUUUCGCGGUCGUAACAGAAACGGGACUGUUGUUCAACCGCCAAUGGACGUCGCAGGAGCGCAGCAGCAGCAAGUGGACACCUUGUCCGACCCGUCGUACGAUGGGGAGCGACCGGUGUACCAGAUGGGGACCAACCUCCCCUACCUGCCGAAUUUCAUGCCGAAGAUUUUGAUGGACGAGGUCCGCGUGCACACGAAUCGCUCCGUUGUCACAGUAUCCGAAGGGUCUUCCUCCACCGAGGGGUCCCCCGGCGCAAGCAAGUUCAAUAUCAACCUGUGGGACGCCAUCAAGGACAAAUUCAACCUCGCCCGCGCAACCCUGGUCUACAGUUCCAACCUGUCCUGGGCGAACCGGGGUUUCUGUAUCCCGGCUCUGAUGGUCUACUUCAUCAUUGUGGCCCGAUGCGCCUCGGCGAUUGACCAUGAGGGCGAGAGCGAGACCUGGGACGCCCUGUUGGACACCUGCUCCGAGUGGGGCAGCCGCGGAAACGACUACGCACCCAGUAUGCUGGCGACCAUCUUGCCCAUCUUCCUGGUGGUGUUCUACGUGAAUGCAGCGAUCAAAAGGUAACGUUUUUUUGCGCGUACUUGUAGUGUUUUUACAACAACAGCUACAGCCUGUGUAGAUAGAAUUCCUUUCCUUUUCGGAGCGAGAAUGAGUUCUAGCUUUUUUCGCGAACAUAGAAACAUAAAGAUAUGAGAAGUGAACAAACCGAACAAAAUUUCCCAAACCUGCUACUUCAUGAAUCCACAGGUACUACAAGAUGUAUGACGCGUGCCGGGAGAUGGCGGACAUCACGGACCAGGCGGUGGGCAUCUGCAUGAUUGACUUUCGCAAGCACCCGGAAUGCCUGAAGGAGCAGGUGCGGUGCAUGCACAUCGCGCGGAUGCUGGUCCUCCUCCACACGGCGCGCGACACCUAUCCGGUGGAUGAGUUUUUCGUGCCGCUGUGCUCCUGCUUCGGCGACAAGGCGGGGGGCCUGCUGACCGCCGCCGAGGUGAAAAAGAUUCGGGCCGAGGGGUACAGCGAGCACUUGUGCCAGGCGUACACGAUCAAGGCGCUAAACGUGGUGUUCGCCGCGACCAAGAAGGGCAUCAUCUCGGAACCGGGCGCGGCGAUGCGCAUGAACCACCUAAACCAGAUGAUGGAAGCCAGUCAGGUGAUCGGGCGGCUGACCUCGAUGCAGUACCCGCCGACCUACACGUACUUGGUGUCCUCCACGGUCGGGAUUUCCUGUAUGCUGGAAAUCGCCUUCGCGUCCACAAGGGUGGGGUUGCUGUGGGGGCAGAUGAUGUUCUGGGAGUCGCUGGUGAUCACGCUAAUUUUGUUAGUAGCGCAGCAGGUCUGCCUCUUCGGUAUCCUUGGCGUCGCGGGGGAAAUGGUGGAUCCUUUCGGGACCGACAUCCGCGACUUCCCGAUCCUGCACAUGUGCAUCGAGCCCCUGCAGCACACGAUGCAGCUGCUGUGGCGGUACUUUCCCAUGCGGGACGACGAGCAGGCAAACGAGGGCUUUAUCUCCGAACUGGGUGAGGAGGAGCGGAAGCGGCAGAGGAUCUUGAAGAAGGAGGACCUGCAAUUCCGGCACAAGGGGAGUGACGUAGGGGAGUUUCACGAAUCCUGCCUGGUGUCCCGGGAGUUGCUGCUGACGGCGUCCCCGGCAAAGCUGGGGGAGCACUACAGCAAGGAAGCAGAGCGAACCUUGCUGGGUUUAAAGAGCCAAAUCAAGGAACAUAUGGAGGAGGAGGAGGCGGACAGGAGGAAAAGGGGGUCGAGCCGCUGA